AUGAAGUCCCUUCUGGUUAUACUUCUGGUUGCUGUUGUGUGUGUAGAGCGAGCCCACGCCCUCAAAUGCUAUGUCUGUGAGAACUCUUCCAACUGCAAGUCAGAAAAAGCAUGUCCACCCUCAGCCCUUUACUGUGAAACCAUCUCCAACUACAACACCCUGAAAGGAAACCUCAUCAUCAAGCGCUGUUCGGACACCUGCGUCGCGAAGAAUGAGACCCACCAGGGGACCAUCACGCGGACCACCUGCUGCCAGACUGACCUGUGCAACAGCAAGGUCGUCAACGGGGUGGCCCACGCGGCCACCAGCCCCGUCGUCCUGGGCCUGGGCACCCUUCUCAGCCUGGUCUGCGUCCUCCUCAGGCCCGGCCUGUGAUCGGCAAGGGUUUGACCGCCUCUCCCGCUCAGUUCUCCUCUCCCCCCAGCCCACCCCGUCGUCCUCUGACCGCUCAAACCGGAGGGGCUCCUGAGGAGUCUUCCCUUCUCAGUCCAGCCUCAGUCUGGUCUGGGGGCACCCAAGGGUGACAUCAGUCCAGGAACCUGAGCCAACGUCCUCUCCCCGAACUAGGGUAGCCCCACGAUGGUGGCGGGGAGGGGAGGCAUUAUCCCUCCCCACCACCUAUCAUUCUCCCAGGUCACCAGAGGACACAGUCUCAGCCACCCUCUGGCCAGGGCCCAGGGGGAAGGGUUUUUCUACUUUAAAGCACACAGAUAAAUAAAAUAUG